AUGUGGCCCUUGUCCUCCCGACCGACCGACUCGGCCGUGGUAGGCGACGUCAAGGUGGCGCUUCCCCCGCCUCUGGGUGCGCUGGACCUGCGCGACAGGCGGUUCCAAAUAGGCUCUGUGCGCAGCGCCAGCUACCCGAGCAGCAACCCGGGAGAGCUCAGCGGCGGCAGCCAAAGCACCAAGCUCGCCCUGCAUGUGUCAGGUUCUGGCGGCGGCGCAACAGAUGACGCCUGCGGUCAGCAGCAGCAGCAGCAGCAGCAGCAGCAACAAAAACCACAACAACAACCACCACCGCCCGCGGCAUCGUCUUUGAAAUAUAUACUCGAGCACCCGCAGCAUGCAUCCUCUGCGCCCUCAUUAUUAAAGCACUCACAUUCUUCAUCCUCGUCGUCAUUAUCCCUACCACUGGACAGCAGUAAACCAGGCGUCGCAUCCAAGGACAACGGCGAGGGGAAUUCCCGCGGACCGACGCCUUCGCCGGCAAUCGGCGACCUGCAGCUUUCGUCCAAAAACUCAGCUCCGACCUCGGCAUCGGCAACGCCAAAACCCCAGGAGCGACCCAAGUCCAGAAAGGAGGAUCGCCGACUCAACAAGCUCCGCCGCCGGGCCAGGACCAUGGAGCCGCCCGUGCUCUCGUUCUACGGCGCCCAGCCGGUGCCGCUGCAGUCGCGCUUCGCCACCAUCAAGCGCCGCCUGAUUGCCGGUCGCGAGAAGGAGGUGGCCGCCAGCUGGGCGCGGCUCAUCGUCGCCCUCAACGCCGAGAUGGCCGCCAUCCGGGAGACGUCGUCGUCGCUCGAGCUGAUGGGCGCCAUCGACUACGCCGACAUCGAGAACCCCGCCCGCAUCGCCGAGUUCAGCAAGCUGCUCAAGCGCUUCGGCGUGGGCGUCGUCCGCGGCGUCGUCCCACCCCGCGACGCCGAGGCCUGGGUCGAGGAGACGAGGAGGUACCUCGAAACCAAGCACGACAUCAAGCCGCCGCCGCCGCAGGACCCGACCUGUUUCGACUUCUUUUGGACCCCGGCCCAGAUCAGGGCCAGGGCGCACCCGCACGUGCUGCGUGCCAUGAAGUUCGCCAUGAGUCUGUGGGACUCGACCGAGGAGGAUCGCAUGGCCACCCGUUUCCCCAUCACUUACGCCGAUCGUAUCCGCAUCCACGUCAACUCCAACGCCGCCCCCGCCCCCGCACCAGCACCUGCACCUGCACCUUCAGCAGCGCAGAGCGAGCCGAGUCCCGAGAGCAAAGCCGCGGCAGCCACAGCACCUGCACCUGCACCUGCACCUGCACCCGUCGCCACCGCCCCAGAACCUUCCGAGCAGACCGCGCCAUCGGCACCGCCGUCCUCAUUACCAUCGCCAACCACGGCGGCGGCGGCAGCUGACACGGCCGCUGCCGAAAACUCGGGCAUCAUAAUCGCCCAGGUCGACGGUGGAUCGCUCGAGCGCUGGGAGCCUGACGGGUACGGGCGCAGCGGGACGUACGAUUCCAUCUUCCGCGGCAACUGGGAAGACUACGACCCGUGGGACGCGGCCGGGCGGAUCAGCGCCACGCCGGACCUGUACAACGGCGCGGGGGCGUGCAGCAUCUUUCGCAUGUUCCAGGGCCUCCUCGCCCUAACCCAAGUCCAGCCGGGCAUGAUCCGGCUGCUCCCGUCGCCCAAGCUCGUCACGGCCUACUUCCUGCUGCGGCCAUUCUUUUCCCCCAAGAAGCCUGCACCGGAAGGGGCGGCGCGCGAGGGUCCAGAGUGGGAGGCCUUCCUGCACCCGGACAACUGGGAGCUGGACGAGGAGCAAAACACCAUCAUCCACGGCGCGGUUCCGGGCCACGCGCAGCGAGUCACGGAGCUUUGGCACCCGCACCUCGACCUCAAGCGGACGCUGGUCACGCCGCCGGACCUGCAGGCGGGCGACUACAUCAUCUGGCAUUGCGAGACGGCCUACACCAUCACGUCGUCGGCCGUCUCUUCGUCUUCUUCCCCGGCGACGACAGCAGCAGCAGCAGCAGCAGCCGAGCCGAGCACUCCCGUCCCCAAGGCGACCAACACCGACGGGCCCCGCCACGAGCGCUUCAUGGUGUACGCGCCCGCGUGCCCGCUGACGCAGACCAACGCGCUGUACAUGGCGCGGCAGCGCAAGAACUUUCUCCGCGGCCACCCGGGCCCGGACUUUGACAGCACGGGAACGGGGCUGGGGACCGAGGCGCCGCACGUGGGGCGGCUCGGGGAGAAGGAGAUCCGCGAGGUGGGAGGGGAGGAAGGGUUGAGGGCCAUGGGUCUCGCGCCGUGGAGUGCGGGGAUCGGUGGGGGCCAGAGCGACGACGGGUCCUCGACCGAGGAAGGCGGCAGCAAGGCCGACAAGAUGGAUGUCGACGGCGAGAGGUCGGCUGGUGCCGAGGCCGAGGCCGAGGCCGACGGUUCAAAGAUGGACGUCGACGAAAAGGCGCCAGAGCUGCCGCUGUCGGCUGCCGAGGUGGAGCUGGUCAGGCUGGCCAACAUCAUCCUUUUCCCUGACAAGUACGAGUUUUACAUGGCGACCCGCAACAGCUCGCCGGACGGGAGGGAGAGGGAGACUUCUUGA